AUGUCCCUCCUACCUCCCGAGGUCCACACCGCGCUUUCUCAGCUGCUCCGCGCUCUGAGCACUCCCGACAACGCCGUCAGAUCCCAAGCGGAAGACCAACUCAAUAAUGACUGGGUUCAAAACCGACCAGAUGUCCUGCUUAUGGGAUUGGCCGAACAGCUUGGAGGCGCAGAGGACACAAUAACUCGUGCCUUUGCCGCUGUCCUUUUCAGAAGAAUCGCAACCAAAACCCGCAAGGAUCCCGCUUCGGGCGAUGCCAAGGAGGUGUUCUCCAGCCUUCCCAAUGAGCAGCGUAUUGCCAUCCGCGAGAAGCUGGUCGGCUGCUUGAGCAGCGAGGCUGUCAACGACGUCCGCAAAAAGAUUGGAGACGCAUUGGCUGAGGUUGCCCGCCAAUACACCGACAGUGGCGAACAGUGGCCUGAACUCCUCGGUGUUCUGUUCGAAGCAAGCCAGAGCGCCGAAUCGGGCCUGCGUGAAACCGCAUUCCGCGUCUUUACGACCACUCCCGGUAUCAUCGAAAGACAGCACGAAGACGCCGUCAUUGAGGUCUUCGGUAAGGGCUUCAAGGAUGACAACAUUGCGGUAUGUCAUAAUCUGGUUAUGCUGAACAUUUUGAGCAUAGUUUUGACCCUGCUUUUAGGUGCGGAUCUCCGCUAUGGAAGCUUUUGCUUCUUUGUUCCGGUUCAUCUCCAAAAGUCCCAUGCCAAAUUCUUUGGCCUCAUGCCCGAUCUCCUCAACAUCCUGCCUCCACUAAAAGAGUCAUCUGAAAGCGAUGAGCUCUCCUCCGCGCUGCUCGCACUCAUCGAAUUGGCGGAAAUCAGCCCGAAGAUGUUUAAGGUCAUGUUCAACAACCUUGUGAAGUUCAGCAUUAGUGUUAUCGCCGACAAGGAGCUCAGCGAUCAGGUCCGCCAAAACGCCCUUGAGCUGAUGGCUACUUUUGCCGACUACGCCCCGAAAAUGUGCAAGAAGGAGCCCGAGUUUGCCCAGGAAAUGGUCACCCAGUGUCUGAGUCUGAUGACUGAUGUCGGUGCCGAUGAUGAUGACGCCGAGGAGUGGAACGCGUCUGAGGAUCUCGAACCCGAAGAGAGCGACCUUAACCACAUCGCCGGUGAGCAGUGUAUGGAUCGUCUCGCCAACAAGCUUGGUGGACAAGCCAUCCUCCAACCCGCAUUCUCCUGGAUUCCUCGCAUGAUGUCCUCUACCAAUUGGCGCGAUCGUCACGCCGCUUUGAUGGCCAUUUCCGCUAUCUCUGAAGGAUGUCGCGACCUUAUGGUUGGUGAGCUGGAUCAGGUUCUGGCUCUUGUUGUUCCCGCCCUCCAGGAUGCCCACCCCCGAGUUCGCUAUGCUGGCUGCAACGCUCUCGGUCAAAUGAGUACGGACUUCGCCGGCACCAUGCAGGAGAAGUACCACGAGAUCGUCCUCACCAACAUUAUUCCCGUUCUUGCCUCUUCCGAGCCCCGUGUGCAGUCCCAUGCCGCUGCCGCUUUGGUAAACUUCUGCGAGGAGGCCGAGCGCAGUACCCUAGAGCCAUAUCUCGGAAACCUUCUAAGCCACCUUCUGGACCUCCUGCGCAGCCCCAAGCGCUACCUCCAGGAACAAGCGCUGUCCACCAUUGCCACCAUUGCCGAUUCCGCUGAAGCCGCUUUCGAUCAAUACUACACUACCCUGAUGCCCCUCCUGCUCAACGUGCUCCAAGAGGAGCAGGGUAAGGAAUACCGCCUUUUGCGCGCCAAGGCUAUGGAGUGUGCUACGUUGAUUGCUCUGGCUGUCGGCAAGGAGAAGAUGGGCCAAGAUGCCCUGAACCUUGUCCAAAUUCUGGGCAACAUCCAGCAGAACAUCGUCGAUGCUGACGAUCCUCAAUCACAGUACCUCCUCCACUGCUGGGGCCGCAUGUGCCGUGUCUUAGGGCGCGACUUCGUCCCCUACCUCCCUGGUGUCAUGCCUCCUCUUCUGACCGUUGCUGCUGCUAAGGCCGACAUCCAGCUUUUGGAUGACGAGGACCAGAUCGAGCAGGUUGAGCAAGAUGAUGGCUGGGAGCUCGUUCCUCUCAAGGGCAAGAUCAUCGGUAUCAAGACCAGUGCCCUUGAAGACAAGAACACCGCCAUUGAACUCAUCACCAUUUACGCCCAAAUUUUGGAGGAGAACUUUGAGCCCUACGUCAUGGAGACCAUGGAAAAGAUCGCCGUCCCUGGCCUUGCAUUCUUCUUCCACGACCCCGUCCGCGUGUCGGCUGCUAAGCUGAUCCCACAGCUGCUUAACUCUUACAAGAAGGCACAUGGGCCACAGUCACCAGGCUUCGCUGAAAUGUGGACUAAGGUUGCUGAGAAGAUCAUUGAAGUGCUGAGCGCCGAGCCGACUGUUGACACCCUGGCCGAGAUGUACCAGUGCUUCUACGAGUCGGUGGAGGUCGUUGGAAGAAAUUCCCUCACUCCACAGCAUCUGCAGGCCUUCAUUGAAUCCGCCAAGUCUACACUCGAGGACUACCAGAUGCGCGUGAAGCAACGGUUGGAAGAGCAGGCCGAGCUUGAGGAUGGUGACGAAGAUAACUUGGACUACGAGUACGCUAUCGAGGACGACCAGAACCUGCUUAGCGAUAUGAACAAAGCCUUCCACACCAUCUUCAAGAACCAGGGCAACACAUUCCUGCCCAGCUGGCAACAGCUGGUUCCUUUCUACGAUGCUUUCAUCUCGAGCCAGGACCCCACACAACGCCAGUGGGCCCUCUGCAUCAUGGAUGAUGUGCUCGAGUUCUGUGGCGAGGAAUCGUGGGCUUAUAAGGAUCACAUCAUGCAGCCCUUGGCUUCCGGCCUGCAGGAUGAAAACGCCGCUAACCGUCAGGCCGCCGCUUAUGGAGUCGGUGUCGCCGCACAGAAGGGCGGUGUCGCCUGGAGUGACUUUGUCGCAGCCAGCCUGCCCAGCUUGUUCCAGAUCACACAGCACGCGCAGUCCCGCACAGAGGAGAAUGUCUUCGCUACCGAAAACGCCUCCGCCAGUAUCGCUAAGAUCCUACACUACAACGCUACCAAGGUCCCGGCUCCUCAGGAUAUCGUGACCACCUGGAUCGAGACCUUGCCCAUCACAUACGAUGAAGAGGCUGCUCCUUACGCCUACUCCUUCAUCGCACAGCUGAUCGAACAACAAAACCCUGCCGUCUUCGCCAAGGCUGACCGUGUCUUCGGCUUCAUCGUGCAGGCACUCGAGGCUGCUACCUUGCAGGGCCAGACUGCUGUGCGGGUGGCCGCCGCCGCCAAGCAGCUCGUCGCCGCAACUGGUGCAAACGCCGACCAAAUCCUGGCUUCCGUCGACCCGAACAACCAGGAACGCGUGCGCAAGUACUUCCAAUAG